AUGUCUUCUCAUCACUCACCGUACGAAACGCUGGAGACUGCCUCUCACUCAACUCUGGGCCCGACUGAACCUCAGGGUCAGAAACGAAAACACUCAACGUCGGGACCACAACCUGCACGCGAAUAUGGCUUGAUGCGCGACACAGGCGAACACGAUGCCGCCCGGUUUGUUGGUAGUGGGAGCGGUAUUCACUACAUCCGUGCUGUUCACCUGAGACUUGCCAAGAGAUCUGCGUCAAGAACAGGUUCGGCGAUCAACACUCUUAUUCCCGGUGAGGACGACCAGCUUCGCCAGGAUGCUUCGACGAAAAGAAAUCGCGAGCAAUUCUUGUGGAAAGAUGAUGAGGUGUCAAGUGAAUCGGAAACUCUGCCGGCUUUUGAAGACUUGGUAAACUGGUCGAAAAGCUAUUUCGAAGCUUGGCAUCCUGUUCUUCCUUUCCUUCAUGGCCCUGAAGUUCUAGGCUUGUUCGAAGAGGUUUCGAAAAGUGGCAUUUCAUCCCUCAGUUCUAUUGAUAGAGUUAUUGUUAAAUCGGUACUCUCUAUUUCCUUAGCGGACAGUCGUCAGGCCAUCGCUUUCCAAAAGCCAGUCCCGAAAGACCUCGUCUUCAACAACGUGGAUGAUGCACUAGCAAGUUCUCAAUUCGCCCUGACUCAACCUGCCUCGGUCCGAUCAACGCAGGCUGCUCUUGCUAUUCAGUUAUUUCUCACUUCCAUGCUCUGUUUGAACGCCGCAUCUAGAUUAGGUGGUCUUAUCGUUCGUACAGCGUUUCACAUGGGUCUUCAUCGCUGUCCGACGCGAUAUCCCUUCUUCACUGCCCAGGAAGCUUCCGUUAGACGGCGAGUCUUCUGGUGUAUCUAUAUCCUGGAGAGGCUCCUUUGUCAAUCUCUCGGUCUACCUCUUGAUAUACGCGACGAUGAUUUGGACGUAUGUUAUCCCGGUGAAGAGCGCCAUGCAGCCACCAAUAAAGAAGAAAACACCGAAAGGUUACAGCUUCUCGUAUUCGUAACGAAACAUGCUCGAAUCAGGGGUCUUAUUCUAGAGCUUAGGAACAAGUCCAUGCUACAACGGCAGGACACCGCAGAUCGAACAGCCUUUGUCCAGGCUGAAUUGGCAAAGUGGUUUAACGAGAUCCAAGACGCUGUGGAAGAGGAUGAUCUUGCCGACUGGGACGCAAACGCUCCCACAAUCUCUGAGCAUCACAAACUUAUGCUCUUAGUUCUGAAGCAUGAAUCGGCGAUAUGUCUGAAUAGACCUGGCCUCGCCUCCGAAUAUCCAUCCUCAUCUUACUCAUCUGCCUUCCAGGCCUGCAUAUCCGCUGCAAAAUCAAUAUUAAUAAUCCUCAAGAAACACCGAAAUCGCCAUCAGUUACAGGAGAAUUCAAUCGGUGUUAGAUCACAAACGCCCCUGCUCUGGCCUUCCUUCACAUGGUCUAUAUGGAUCAGCGCAUUCGUUCUCAUCCAUGCCGCUUUUGAGAAACAAAUCCCUCUUGGCAGCGCCUUAAGGCAUGUUGCAGCAGCGAAAGACAUACUCGGUCACCUCGCUGCACGAGAUACAUCUUGGCCCGAAUACUGUCUUGGAGCCAUCGAUGAACUUACGUCGGCGGUUCAAGAGCUCUCUCAAGAACGUAUUCCGCUCAUUGAAUCGCCCGUAGACGCUUCUAUCACUACGCGAACUUUCUCACCUGGCCCUUCGUAUCAAAGGCAGGCAGGCGAUAACGUCACACCCAGUAGACCUCCAAGACGAUACAAUCGCUGUUGCGCAGAACACUUCAUCUGCGGAUAUACCCUUACCCACGGGCCUUUCUACGGCUUCCAGGUCACAUCAUAA